AUGGCGACUUCCUGCCCCCUGGAGCUGAGCCGCCUCGGGCCGGGAGCCGGGGGCUGCUCAGCACCGCGGACAGCUCCCACCGCCGGCCUGGACAACGCCUCCUACCAGGCGCCGGAGGAAGAGGAAACCUGGUUCCGGAGCGGCGGGGAGGCGGGGAGCGGCCCCGGGGGAGGCGCCGCCCGGGCCAGGGCGCAGCGGGGAGACCUCUCGCCCAGGUCGGAGGAUGGGCCCCCGCCAGAGCCCGCCGGCCACUCCGGGGACUAUGGGUUCGUCUCGGCCUUGAUCUUCCUCGUGAGCGGGAUCGUGCUGGUGGUGAUCGCCUACACCGUCCCCCGGGAGCCCCGGGUGGACCCCGCCGCAGUGACGGCCCGGGAGAUGGAGAGGCUGGAGAUGUACUACGCGCGCCUGGGCUCCCACCUGGACAGGUGUAUCAUCGCGGGGCUGGGCCUGCUGACGCUGGGGGGGCUGCUGCUCUCCGGGCUGCUGCUGCUCUCCAUGUACAAGGGGGAGCUGUACCGCAGGCGGACCUUCCCGGGCUCCCGGGGGCCAAGGAAAACCUACGGAUCUAUAAACCUGAGACUGAGACAGCUCAAUGGCGACGGGGGACAAGCCCUGGUAGAGAAUGAAGUGAUCCAGGUGACAGAGUCCACAACCAUCAGCCAGGGUUCUUAGAGCCCUCACUCCUGCUGUCCCUUGGGCCUUCACUCUUGGGGAACAAACCGAUCCAAGGGGGGUUCGACAUGGAGGCUUUACAUUAACGCCACACCUCGGAGCAGAGCAGGACUAUUGGAAUUUCACCUACUGCAGGAAACUAUCUGGGAGCAAGA